CGAUCACGGUCAGGAGCAGAACGCGCUGUAUCCGUCGCGAAAAAGGUUGGUGCCAGCUGUCGCUUUCCGCGAAUGCUGCACCGUACACUAAUGGGGCUGUAGACCCGUUGAUGGAUGUGAUGCUCCGGGUGGCGUAGAUCGAGUGCACGCGCCCGUGAAGAGCGCGCGCGCGGAUUCCGCGACGGCCUGAUCAAACAUGGCCGCGCCACGGAGCCGCCCGGAGCGUAGGAGCAAAGCCUCGCAAGACGACGGCCAUGAUCGGCGCGCUGCUGGCCGCUUUGUGGGUCCUAUCGGGUCUCGCCGGUGGAUCGCCGCUGGAGGACGCCUGCGGUCCGCAACCCAACAAGAAGGAAAUGAUGUCCAUGCUGACGCCAGCAGCAGACAUGUUCGUCGACUGCUACGAAAACUACGACCAGUACGGGGUUCCGUCCAAGUACCUAACAAAGGUGCUGCCGACUAUCUGUACCGAAUACGACGGCUGUCUGUCAUCCGCGCAGGAGGGUGAUGGCGACCAGAAGGAGAAGAUUGUCCAGUGUAUCGUCGAGAAAGUCAAGGCCCAACUGUCUGAAAUGGGAGACCUACCAAAGCCCGCCGGUGACGUCAGCGAAAAACUAUUCGGCUGCAGCUUCCGGAGACCCACCGUGCCGAUCACGAACCGCAAAAGCUUUUUCAUCUGCAUUCACUGGUACCAGAUCGCCGUGUCCAUCGAAUGAGCAGCAGUGCACACUGACGACCCGUUUUUCUUCCCCAAGUCUGCUUUGUCCAAUAGCUAAUACUCGGAGAAGAAUAAAACAUGUUUUACC